AGGUCGACUCAGAUAGUCAUCUGGCCUAGAAGCUUGAAUUUGUAUUGUCCGAGAUCAUUCAAGUCUUUGGCCACUGACAUUGGUGUCUCUCUGUGGGUUUGCUGAACAGGUGGUUGUUAAAGGGGGUCACUGGAUAUAUUUAGCAUCUGAAACCCGAGUAAACCCCUUGCUGAUUGGUCUAGUGGUUUGCAGGAUAAUUUAGACGCUGAUGCAGCCCGGAGCUCUUGACCAGCGUUUCUUGGGAGGGGAGCGUUGGGAAGGCUGUAGCUGCUGGGGAAAUUUACCUGUAAAAACCACGGAAUCUGACAGACAGUAAAAAUGGAAGAUGAGGACGAAUAUGAGGAAUAUGAAGAAUAUGAAGAGUAUGAAGUGGAAGAGACUGUAACGGGCUCAGGACCUCAAACAAUUAUUCGGGAGGUGAGAACAGAGUAUUCGGAACCACGAACGGUCAUUCGAGAGGUCUCAGGGCCCCAGACAAUCAUUCGGGAGGUUCACCAUGAACAAUCUGACUCGGGGCUGCCUGUCCGGAAAACGAAAAAGAAAAAGAAGGUUGACACGUCAAUGUAUAUGACCCCUUACCUGGAACACAGUGAAAAGAUGAAGGAUCUAUUCAGUUCGAACAAAUACAAGGAGCAAUUUGAAAGCGAGAAAGGGAAACCUUACGCUGUCACUUCCGACACACCGGAAUUAAGGAGAAUUCGCAAGGUUCAGCAACAGCUCAGUGAGGUUAAGUAUCGUGCAGAUGGUGAUAAGGCAAGGACGAUGUGUCAUGUUGAUGGGACAGCCCGGGACAUUGAACAUGCUAAAAAGGUCUCACAGUUGGUUAGCAAGGUGCUGUAUAAACAAAAAUGGGAAGAAUCAAAGGACGUCUACCAAUUGCCAUGUGAUGCACCUGAGUUAGUGCGAGCUGUGAAAUUUGCCGAAGCUUUCAGUCAGAAAUUGUAUAAAGAAGCUUGGGAGGAAGAAAAGCCUUUCUAUUAUCCGUACACAGACAGUCCAGAGCUGAGACGUGUUGCCAGUGCUCAGAAAGCCCUGAGUGAUAUUGAAUACAAGAAAGGACACAAUGAACGAAUGUCAAAGUACACAUCACUGGCAGAGCCACCGGACAUGAAGUUGGCCAAAACGAAUUUCAACCAUCUCAGUGAUCUUAAAUACCAUGAAGACCAUAAGAAAGAUAACGGCAAAUGGAGCCAGACACCUUGCUAUGAUGUUGCGAUUGCACGCAUGAAUUCUGACAAUUUGAGCGCAAAACGGUAUAAUGCUGGCUAUGAGGAAAUGAAAGACCAAAUUUACUUCAUGCAGACGGACACCCCAGUUUAUGAAGCCAAUAAACGUGCUGGGAAUGCAUAUAGUGCGAUAAAAUAUAAAAAGGACUAUGAAAAGACCAAACAUCUAACGGAUUACAACACACUACCUGCGACUGAAAACCCACUCCUUAGACAAUUCAAGGCUGCCGGGAAAUCAGCAAGUGAUAGACUGUAUAAGGAAGACUAUGAAAAAACUGCCAGGACAAGCAUUAAUUAUUGCGAUACUCCAAAAUUCAAAACAGACCACCUUCUGAAGGAAUAUAGUGAUGUGAAGUAUAAGCAGAACUAUGAAGACAAAGUGAAGGGCCACUAUAUUGGCAGCCACGAGGAUCCACACAUGCUUCAUUGUAUGAAGGUCGAAGCAAUGAAAAGUGCGAAAGCUUAUAAGGAAGAUUAUGAACUGGAUAAAGGAAGCUGUUAUUUCCCUCAAACUCUUACUCCAGAAUAUGAAGCGAUGAAGAAAUGCAAUCAAUGUAAUGAUCCAGUUUAUAAAAUGCAUCCUGAUAAACUCAAGUUCACUCAAGUGGUGGAUUCCCCAGUGAUGGUGCAAGCCCAGAUCAAUGCCAAACAGUUGAGUGAUCUAAAUUACAAAGCAGAUUAUGAGAAGAAAAAGUUCAAAUGUAACAUUCCCCACGAUGAUCCCUUUUUCAUCCAGUCCAGAGUGAAUGCCUACAAUCUAAGCAAUAAUUGCUACAAAUAUGAUUGGAAUACCGAUAAAGCCAAGCACUGCAAUAUCAGAAUGGAUGCCAUACCGAUUAUAGCAGCUAAGGCACACCAACAUAUUGCAAGUGAUGUGAAAUAUAAGAAAGCCUACGAAAAGUCUCGCGGGAAACACAUUGGAGCUCAAUGCAUUGAAGACGACCCUAAGAUCUUGCACUCUGUGCAUGUGGCAAAGAUGCAGAGUGAGCGUGCGUAUAAAAAAGACUAUGAAAGUACAAAGACCAAAUAUCAUACUCCACUUGACAUGAUCAACGUCUCCCAGGCCAAGAAGGCUCAAGAUAUUGCCAGCAACACCAACUAUAAGCAACCGAAAAGUCGUUACUUUAUGCCUCCUGAUGGUUUGCUUCUCAGAUUGGCGAAGAAUGCCUACAGUUUGCAAAGCGAUGUUCUUUAUAAAUCAGAUUACAACAACUGGCAAAAGGGCAUUGGUUGGUCUCCUUAUGGCUCGUUGGAUGUUCAGACGGCCAAGAAGGCUAUGGAUAUCCUCAAUGAGAACAAAUACCGCCAGCCCCCUCACACGUUUAAAUUCACUUCAAUAGAGGACUCCCCAGGAACACUGCUGGCAAAGAUCAAUCAAGCACAGCGGAGUGAUAUAAACUACAAAGCUAAGGAUGAGAAGACCUUGCACAAGUAUAGCUAUCCUCUAGAUGUGCCCGAAAUUCUACUGGCCAAAAGCAAUGCUAUAAAUGCCAGUGAUAACUGCUACAAAAAAGCAUGGAAAAAAGAUUUGGCAAAGGGAUAUCACCUCACCUCUGAUGCUAUUCCAAUUGUCGCAGCUAAAGCUUGGCGGCACAAUGCUAGUGAUAUUAAGUAUAAGAAGGCUUACGAGGAAGCAAAGGGUAAACACGUUGGGUUCCGUAGCCUCAAAGAUGACCCCAAGUUGGUCCAUUCCAUGCGUAUAGCCAAGAUUCAAUCUGAUCGUGAAUAUAAAAAAGACUACGAGAAGAGCAAGACCAAGUAUCACACACCAGUGGACAUGAUCAACAUCACUGCUGCCAAGAAGUCACAGGAGGUGGCUAGUAAUGUUUACUACAACAAACCGCCCCACAGUUAUACCUAUAUGCCUGAUGCCAUGAGUUUAGUACUGUCCAAGAACAUGAUGAACAUACAGAGCAAUAACCUCUACAAACUCGAUUACAAUAACUGGUUUAAAGGCAUUGGCUGGAGCCCAUUGGGAUCGAUAGAUGUGGAGAAUGCAAAGAGGGCUGGACAAGUCCUCGAUGAACACCAUUAUCGAGUGCCACCAAGCACCAUCAAAUUCACCAGUGUGACUGAUUCUGUGGAAAUGGAGCUGGCAAAAAGCAAUGCCCUGCAGCUCAAUGAUAAAUUGUACAGAUCUGGAGGCGAAAAGAUCAAGCACAAGUACAACCUGCCCGUGGAUGUUCCUCAGUUUAUUCUGUCCAAGUACAAUGCUGUCAACCUCAGUGAUAAUUGUUACAAGAAUAGCUGGAAGAAGACACUGGCCAAAGGAUAUCACCUUGAUCCUAAAGCCAUCUCUAUUGUUGCAGCUAAAGCAUCAAGAAAUAUUGCUAGUGACUACAAGUACAAAGAGGCCUAUGAAAAGGCGAAGGGCAAACAUGUGGGUUUCCGCAGCCUCAAGGAUGACCCCAAACUGGUCCAUUCCAUGCGCGUAGCCAAGAUUCAGUCUGACCGUGAAUAUAAAAAGGACUAUGAGAAGAGCAAGACCAAAUAUCAUGCACCGAUGGACAUGAUCGCAAUCACUGAGGCCAAAAGGUCACAGGGAGUGGCCAGCAAUUCUAACUACAAGCAGCUGAUCCACAACUACACCUGUCUUCCUGAUACUAUGAGUGUGGUGCUGUCCAAGAACAUGAUGAACAUACAAAGUGAAAAUUUGUACAGGCAGGACUACAAUUGCUGGCAGAAGGGAAUGGGCUGGGUCCCCAUCGGGUCACUAGACGUGGAGAAAGCCAAGAAAGCGGCAGUGGCCUUGAAUGAACAUGGAUACCGUCAGCAUCCAGACACAUUCAAGUUUACCAGCAUUCCCGACUCCAUGAACAUGCUUCUGGUAGCAAGCAACACAAAGCAGCUCAGUGACUUGAACUACAAAAAAGCCGGUGAAAAGAUGAAGCACAAAUAUACUCUUGACAACGAAUAUCCACCCAUUGUGCAGGCAAAGGCCAACGCUCAAAUUCUAAGUGAACAACUGUAUAAGAAAGCCUGGAACAAAACUAUUGCUGAAGGUCAUGAUAUCCGGGCAGAUGCCAUUGCAAUUGUCGCAGCCAAAGCUUCAAGAAACAUUGCAAGUAAUUAUCGAUACAAACAGGCCUUUGAAAAGGAAAAGGGUAAACAUGUCGGGUUCCGCAGCCUUCAAGAUGACCCUAAGCUGGUUCAUUCCAUGCGUAUAGCCAAGAUUCAGUCUGACCGUGAAUACAAAAAAGACUACGAGAAGAGCAAGACCAAAUAUCACUCGCCGAUGGACAUGGUCGCUAUCACUGCAGCCAAGAAAUCCCAGGAAGUGGCCAGCAAUAUUAACUACAGGCAUCAGAUCCACAACUACACCUACAUGCCUGAUGCCAUGAGUGUAGUACUGUCCAGGAACAUGAUGGAUAUACAGAGCAAUAACAAUUACAAAAUGGAUUAUAAUAAUUGGUUUAAAGGCAUCGGCUGGAUUCCGACUGGCUCUUUGGAUGUGGAGAAGGCAAAGAAAGCAACUCAGAUAGCAAGUGAAUGUAAAUACCGGCAACAUCCUGCCACUCUAGAAUUUACAAGCAUUCCAGACUCUCUUGAACUUGUCCUGGCCAAGAAUAAUGCACAGAUCUUGAACAAGAAAUUGUACACAGAAGCAUGGGAUAAAGACAAGACCAAGAUCCACAUUAUGCCAGAUUCGCCAGAAAUUGUCCUGUCCAAAAGCAACCAGCUGAAUAUGAGCGAAAAAUUAUACAGAUCUGGCUGGGAGAAAAUGAAGAAGAAAGGCUAUCACCUCACGUCUGAUGCCAUUUCAAUAAAAGCUGCAAAGGCUUCAAGAGACAUAGCCAGUGAUUAUAAAUACAAACAAGCCUAUGAAAAAUCUAGGGGAAAGCAUAUUGGCUUCCGAAGUUUGCAGGAUGAUCCCAAGCUUGUCCACUUCAUGCAAGUUGCUAAACUGCAGUCAGACCGUGUGUACAAGAAGGACUAUGAAAAAUUCAAGACCAAGUACAUCACACCAUUGGACAUGGUCAGCAUUACGGCUGCUAAACAGUCUCAAGCAGCAGUCAGCAACAUUGACUACAAACGUCUCAUUCAUAACUACAUUACCCCUCCUGACUCAAUUAACUUGAUAUUGGCCAAAAACAUGAUGGACAUACAGAGUGAUAACCUCUACAAAUCAGAGUACACUGAGUGUAUGAAGGGCCUGGGCUGGGUCCCCAUUGGUUCACUAGAGAAUGAAAAGAACAAGCGUGCUUCAAAUAUCCUAUGUGAGUCAAAAUAUCGACAACACCCUGAGAAGUUUAAAUUUACCAUUGAUACUCAGUCCAUACCUAUGGAGCUUGCAAAAGCAAAUGCCAUAAUCAUGGAUCAGAACUUGUACAAAAAGGACUGGGAGAAAGACAAGAUUAAGAUACAGGUGAUGCCAGACACACCAGAGAUUAUUCUGGCUAAAGUGAACCAGUACAACAUGAGCCAGAAAAUGUACAAGCAAAGCAUGGAAGAUGCGAAGAAAAAGGGAUAUAAUCUUCGUGCUGAUGCCAUUUCAAUCAAAGCUGCCAAAGCUUCUGCUGAUAUUGCCAGCAAUUACAAGUAUAAACAUGCCUACGAGAAGGCAAGGGGAAAGCACGUUGGUUUCCGUAGCAUGCAGGACGAUCCCAAGCUGGUCCAUUGCAUGCAAGUAGCCAAGUUGCAGUCUGACCGUGAAUACAAAAAGAAUUACGAGAAGAGCAAGACCAAGUAUCACAUGCCUUUGGACAUGCUGAGCAUUGUGGCUGCUAAGAAGUCACAAGAAGUGGCCACUAAUACCAAUUAUAGGCGGCUGAUCCACCAUUUCACAUACCUACCUGACGCAAUCGACCUGCACCGUGCCAGAAAGAUGAUGGAGAUACAGAGUGAAAACGCUUAUAAGGCGGAUCUUCAAUGGCUGAGGGGAAUAGGCUGGAGUCCCAUUGGUUCGCUGGAUGUUGAGAAGGCUAAGAAAUCAACAGCGAUUGCAAGUGAUAAGAAUUAUCGCCAGCAUCCCGCUAAGUUCAAUUUCACAAGUUUGACUGACUCUGUGGAAAUGGUCCUGGCUAUGACUAACUCAGAAACAAUGAAGAAGCACCUGUAUACAAAGGACUGGGAGAAGGACAAAACUAAGAACCAUGUAACUUCAGAUUCUCCAGAAAUUGUGCUAGCAAAAGCCAACGCACUCAUGCUCAGCAAUAACAAGUAUAAGUUUGACUGGGAACAAUCCAAGAAGAAAGGUUAUGACCUCCGAGCCGAUGCAAUAUCUAUAAAGGCUGCCAAAAGUUCCACAAAUAUUGCAAGUGAUUACAAGUACAAAACGGCCUAUCGCAAGCAGCUUGGGCACCAUGUCGGAUGCCGUAACAUUCAAGAUGAUCCCAAGAUGGUCUGGUCCAUGCACGUGGCCAAGAUUCAGAGCGACAGGGAAUACAAAAAGAACUUUGAGAAAACCAAGACCAAGUUCAACAUGCCGGUCGACAUGCUGGACAUCCUGUUGGCCAAGAAAUGCCAGACCCUGGUCAGUGACAUUGACUACAGGCGUCACCUGCACCAGUGGACCUGCCUCCCAGACCAGAGCGAUGUGAUUCAGGCGAGGAAGGCCUAUGAAUUGCAGAGUGAUAAUUUGUACAAAGCCGACCUUCAGUGGCUUAAGGGUAUCGGAUGGUCUCCUAUCGGGUCGCUGGAUGUGGUGAAAGCCAAAAAAGCUGGCGAGAUCCUGAGUGAGAGCACUUACCGUCAGCACCCAUCAAAGUUUAAGUUCACCAAGAUGACCGACUCCAUGGAUAUGACCCUGGCAUCGAAUAAUGCGCUUACAAUGAAUAAGAGGCUUUACACAAAAGCCUGGGAGAAGGACAAGACAAAGGUUCAUAUCAUGCCUGACGCUCCAGAAAUCCAACUGGCCAAAGCAAAUGCAAUAAACAUGAGCAAGUCAUUAUACAAAAAGGAUUAUGACAAAUUAAUACAGGACGGAUAUGAUCUGAGAAAUGAUGCAAUUUCCAUCAAGGCUGCAAAGGCUUCCAGGGACAUUGCCAGUGAUUACAAAUAUAAAACAGCCUACCGCAAGCAGCUUGGCCACCAUAUUGGAUGUCGCAGCAUUCAGGAUGAUCCUAAGAUGGUAUGGUCCAUGCACGUGGCCAAGAUCCAGAGCGACAGGGAGUAUAAGAAGAACUUUGAGAAAACCAAGACCAAGUUCAACAUGCCGGCCGACAUGCUGGACAUCCUGCUGGCCAAGAAAUGCCAGACCCUGGUCAGUGACAUUGACUACAGACGUCACCUACACCAGUGGACCUGUCUUCCAGACCAGAACGAUGUGAUCCAAGCUAGGAAAGCCUAUGAUUUGCAGAGUGAUAAUCUAUACAAAUUGGACCUUCAGUGGCUGAAGGGCAUCGGAUGGUCUCCUAUCGGGUCGCUGGAUGUGGUGAAAGCCAAAAAAGCUGGCGAGAUCCUGAGUGAGAGCACUUACCGUCAGCACCCGUCAAAGUUUAAGUUCACCAAGAUGACCGACUCCAUGGAUAUGACCCUGGCAAAGAGUAAUGCACACACCAUGAAUAAGCAUGCAUAUAUUGCAGCUUGGGAAGCGGACAAGACCAAAAUUCACGUCAUGCCUGAUACGCCAGAAAUAAUGUUGGCCAAACAGAAUCAGAUUGCAUGCAGUGAUAAAAUGUACAGACUUGCUCUGGAUGAAUCAAAGAAAAAAGGAUACAGCUUGCAUCCUGAUGCCAUCUCAAUUAAAGCAGCAAAAGCAUCCAGAGAUAUUGCCAGUGAUUACAAGUACAAAACGGCCUAUCGUAAGCAGCUUGGGCACCAUGUCGGAUGCCGUAACAUUCAAGAUGAUCCUAAGAUGGUCUGGUCCAUGCACGUGGCCAAGAUUCAGAGCGACAGGGAAUACAAGAAGAACUUUGAGAAAACCAAGACCAAGUUCAACAUGCCGGUCGACAUGUUGGACAUCCUGUUGGCCAAGAAAUGCCAGACCCUGGUCAGUGACAUUGACUACAGGCAGCAUCUGCACAAGUGGACCUGCCUCCCAGACCAGAACGAUGUGAUUCAGGCAAGGAAGGCAUAUGAUUUGCAGAGUGAUAACCAAUACAAGGCAGAUCUUCAGUGGCUGAAGGGUAUUGGCUGGACGCCAGAUGGAUCUCUGGACCAUGAAAAAACAAAGAAAGCUGGAGCAAUUUUAAGUGAGACAAAGUAUCGUCAACACCCUGGCAAUUUCAAGUUCAGCAGUUUGAUGGAUUCCAUCCCUUUGCAAUUGGCAAAGGUUAAUUCAACCAUUCUCAACAAGCGUUUAUACACUGAAGCUUGGGAAAAGGAUAAACUUAAUCUUCACAUCAUGCCAGACACACCAGAGAUUGUGUUGGCAAGCCAGAACAAAAUCAAUUAUAGUGAAAAACAAUAUAGGCUUGCACUGGAAGAAUCAAAGAAGAAAGGCUAUGACCUUCGUUCUGAUGCAAUUUCCAUCAAGGCAGCUAAAGCUUCAAGAGAUAUUGCUAGUGACUACAAGUACAAAACGGCCUAUCGCAAGCAGCUUGGGCACCAUGUCGGAUGCCGUAACAUUCAGGAUGAUCCCAAGAUGGUCUGGUGCAUGCAUGUGGGCAAAAUUCAGAGCGACCGGGAGUACAAGAAGAACUUUGAGAAAACCAAGACCAAGUUCAACAUGCCAGUUGACAUGCUGGACAUCCUGCUGGCCAAGAAAUGCCAGACCCUGGUCAGUGACAUUGACUACAGGCGUUACCUGCACCAGUGGACCUGUCUCCCAGACCAGAACAGUGUGAUCCAUGCAAGGAAGGCCUAUGAUUUGCAAAGCGAUAAUAUAUACAAAGCGGAUCUUGACUGGUUGAAAGGUAUUGGAUGGUCGCCUGAAGGGUCACUGGACGUGGUCAAAUGCAAAAGAGCUGGUCAGAUCCUGAGUGAAAGUAGUUACCGCCAGCCUCCAACCAAUUUUAAAUUCACGAGUUUGAAUGAUUCAAUGGAUUUGACUCUGGCAAAGAAUAAUGCACACCUUAUGAAUAAGCAUGCGUACAUUGCGGCCUGGGAAGCAGACAAAAUCAAAAUCCAUGUCCCACUUGAUACUCCAGAGAUUGUAUUGGCAAAGCAGAACCAGAUUGCAUGCAGUGACAAAAUGUACAGACAUGCAAUGGAGGAGUCAAAGAAAAAAGGCUACAACUUACGAGGUGACGCAAUUGCAAUUAAAGCAGCAAAAGCAUCCAGAGAUAUUGCCAGUGAUUACAAGUACAAAACGGCCUAUCGCAAGCAGCUUGGUCACCAUGUCGGAUGCCGUAACAUUCAAGAUGAUCCCAAGAUGGUCUGGUCCAUGCAUGUGGCCAAGAUUCAGAGCGACAGGGAAUACAAAAAGAACUUUGAGAAAACCAAGACCAAGUUCAACAUGCCGGUCGACAUGUUGGACAUCCUGUUGGCCAAGAAAUGCCAGACCCUGGUCAGUGACAUUGACUACAGGCAGCACCUGCACCAGUGGACCUGCCUCCCAGACCAAAAUGAUGUGAUCCAAGCAAGGAAGGCCUAUGAUUUGCAGAGUGAUAUCGUGUACAAGGCAGACAUGGAAUGGCUUCGUGGAAUUGGAUGGAGCCCCAGCGGUUCACUGGAUGUUGAGAAGGCUAAGAAAGCUAGCGAGAUCCUGAGUGAAAAUAAAUAUCGGCAGCGCCCAGACAAAUUCAAGUUUACAAGCAUUCUUGAUUCUCUGGAACUGGUUUUAGCCAAAAACAAUGCUCUGAACCUUAACAAACGUUUAUACACAGAAGCUUGGGAUGCUGAUAAAACCAAGAUUCACGUCACACUGGACACACCCGAAAUUGAACUGGCGAAGAGUAAUGCUGUCAACAUGAGCCAGAAACUGUACCGUGAUGCAUGGGAAAAGUCCAAACUCAAAGGUUAUGACUUGCGUGCUGAUGCCAUUUCAAUCAAGGCUGCCAAAGCGUCCAGAGACAUAGCUAGCAUGUACAAAUACAAGGAAGCCUACCGCAAGCAGCUGGGCCACCAUAUUGGAUGCCGUAGCAUACAAGAUGAUCCUAAGAUGGUCUGGUCCAUGCACGUGGCCAAGAUUCAGAGCGACAGGGAAUACAAGAAGGACUUUGAGAAAUCCAAGUCCAAGUUCAACAUACCAGUCGACAUGCUGGAUAUCCAGUUGGCCAAGAAAUGCCAGACCCUGGUCAGUGACAUUGACUACAGGCGUUACCUGCACCAAUGGACCUGUCUCCCAGACCAGAAUGAUGUGAUCCAGGCAAAGAAGGCCUAUGAGUUACAAAGUGAUUGGCUGUACAAGGCCGAUAUGGAAUGGAUCCGUGGUUGCGGAUGGAUGCCCAAUGGCUCUCUGGACGUUAAGAAAGUACAGAGAGCCCAGGAGAUCAUCAGUGAUCGGCUCUAUCGUCAAAGUCCUGAUAAGAUCAAGUUCACCAGCAUUGUUGACCUACCUAGUAUUGUCCUAGCUAAAGCCAACGCGGACAACAUGAACAACCGUCUGUAUCGUAGUGCUUGGGAGAGAGACAAGCUCAUAAUUCACCUUCCAAACGACACACCUGAGAUGCUGCUGUCCAAACAGAAUUCAGUAAACAUUAGUUCGAAAGCAUAUACACAAGCAUGGGAAGACUCAAAGAAGAAAGGGUAUGAACUAGGAAAUGAUGCCAUCUCCAUCAAGGCUGCAAAGGCUUCCAGAAACAUUGCGAGUGAUUACCAAUACAAAAAGGUCCACCGCAAGCAACUUGGCCACCUCAUCGGAUGCCGAGACAUUUACGAUGAUCCUAAAAUGGUCUGGUGCAUGCAUGUAGGUAAGAUGCAGAGCGACAGGGAAUACAAGAAGGACUUUGAGAAAACCAAGACCAAGUUCAACAUGCCGGUCGAUAUGCUGGAUAUCCUGUUGGCCAAGAAAUGCCAGACCCAGGUCAGUGAGGUUGACUACAGGCAGCACCUGCACCAGUGGACCUGCCUCCCAGACCAGAACGAUGUCAUUCAGGCCAGGAAGGCAUAUGAUUUGCAGAGUGAUUGGCUGUACAAGUCCGAUAUGGAAUGGAUCCGUGGUUGCGGAUGGAUGCCCAACGGCUCUCUUGACGUUAAGAAAGUACAGAAAGCCCAGGAGAUCAUCAGUGAUCGGCUCUACCGUCAACGUCCUGAUACCAUCAAGUUCACCAGCAUUGUCGACCUACCCAGUAUCGUCCAGGCUAAAAUCAACGCGGACCAACUGAGCAACGCAAAAUACAAGGAAGUUUGGGAGAAGGACAAACUGCAGAUUCACGUGCUUCCUGAUACCCCAGAGAUAUUGUUGGCAAAAUCCAAUGCUGCCAACAUUAGUGAGAAACUUUACAAAGAGGGCUGGGAAGGUAUGAAGAAGUCUAUACAUUAUCAUGCUGAUGCUGUAUCUAUUCAGAGUGCAAAAGCUUCCAGAAACAUUGCAAGUGAUUACAAAUAUAAACAAAUAUAUCGCGGUCAACUUGGACACCACAUUGGAUGCCGAGACAUCUAUGAUGAUCCCAAAAUGGUUUGGAGCAUGCAUGUAGCUAAGAUGCAGAGCGAAAGGGAAUACAAGAAGAACUUUGAGAAAUCCAAGACCAAGUACAACAUACCGGUCGACAUGCUGGAUAUCCUGUUGGCCAAGAAAUGCCAGACCCAGGUCAGUGAGGUUGACUACAGGCAGCACCUGCACCAGUGGACCUGCCUCCCAGACCAGAACGAUGUGAUCCAAGCUAGGAAGGCUUAUGAUUUGCAAAGUGAUUGGCUGUACAAGUCCGAUAUGGAAUGGAUCCGCGGUUGCGGAUGGAUGCCCAGCGGCUCUCUUGACGUUAAGAAAGUACAGAAAGCCCAGGAGAUCCUCAGCGAGCGGCUCUACCGUCAACGCCCUGAUACCAUGAAGUUCACCAGCAUUGUCGACCUACCCAGUAUUGUCCAGGCUAAAAUCAACGCAGACCAACUGAGCAAUGCAAAAUAUAAAGAAGUGUGGGAGAGAGACAAACUGCAGAUUCAUAUCCAACCAGACACUCCAGAGAUAGUGUUGGCAAAAUCCAAUGCUGAAAAUAUUAGUCAGAAACUUUACAAAGAGGGCUGGGAACGUGUGAAGAAGUCCAUUAAUUAUCAUGCUGACGCUGUAUCUAUUCAAAGUGCUAAGGCUGGCAGAAACAUUGCAAGCGACUACAAAUAUAAAGAGGUAUACCGCAAGCUGCUAGGACACCACAUUGGAUGUCGAGACAUCUAUGAUGAUCCCAAAAUGGUUUGGUGCAUGCAUGUAGGUAAGAUGCAGAGCAACAGGGAGUAUAAGAAGAACUUUGAGAAAUCCAAGACCAAGUUCAACAUACCGGUCGACAUGCUGGACAUCCUGUUGGCCAAGAAAUGCCAGACCCAGGUCAGUGAGAUUGACUACAGGCAGCACCUGCACCAGUGGACCUGCCUCCCAGACCAGAACGAUGUGAUCCAAGCAAGGAAAGCCUAUGAUUUACAGAGUGAUAUUAUUUACAAAUCCGAUAUGGAGUGGAUGCGUGGCAUUGGAUGGGUUCCUACGGAUUGUGUUGAUGUUAAGAAAGUAAAACAUGCCCAGGAUAUUUUAAGUGAUAGAAACUAUCGGACUAAAGCGGAAAGCCUUCCAUUUACUCCUGUGGUGGAUAGAGUUGAUUACAUUACAGCGAAACAAAGUGCGGCCAUCCUGGAUGAUAUAAAAUAUCGUGAAGAAUGGAAUAUUGCUAAGACCAAGUACACCCUGGUCGAUACACCCACUAUGGUCUCGGCAAAAGAAGCUGCCAGAAACCUAAAUGACAAAUUGUACAAGGAUCAAUGGGAGAAGAUGAAGGCCAUUGGUUACAAAAUUCCAGCUGAUAUGGUGUCAAUCUGCCACGCCAAGUCAUCACAAGACAUCCAAAGUCAGCUGAAGUACAAAGCUGAUUAUGUCAAGCAGCUUGGCCACCUGAUUGGAAGCCGUAAUGUCAACGAUGACCCCAAAAUGCUUAGGUGCAUGCAAGUAGGCAAGAUGCAGAGCGAUCUGCUGUACAAGAAGGAAUACGAGAAAACCAAAUCCAAGUACACUAUACCAGCCGACAUGUUGGACAUCCUCAUGGCCAAACAAUGCCAGGGCCACGUCAGUGAGAUUGACUACAGGCGUCGCCUGCAUGAGUGGACCUGUCUCCCAGACCAGAACGAUGUGAUCCAGGCACGAAAGGCUUAUGAUUUGCAAAGCGAUUUCUUGUACAAGUCGGAUCUUGAAUGGGUCCGAGGGUGUGGCUGGAUUCCACUGGAUUCAGUAGAUCAUAUAAAGGUGAAGAGGGCACAGGCGAUAUUAAACGAUAGGUUAUAUAAAGAAAACGCCAAAGCCAACUUUGCCAAAUUUACCCCAAUUACCGAUCUGCCAGAAGUGGUUCUUGCAAAGAUAAACACGCAAAAUUUGAGUGAUUUGAAAUACAAAGAAACAUUUAACCUCGAGAAAGGCAAAUACAUCGGUUCCCCUGACACACCUCAACUAGAACAUUCACGGGAAAUGGCCAAGCAUGUUAGUCAGAAAUACUAUAAGGAUGCAUGGGAAGGCAGCAAAGCUUUAGGAUACCAUUUGCCUCCAGACUACCUUCCUUUGGUUGUUGCUAAACGUGCUGAACAUGUGAGCAGUAAUCUAAAAUACAAGGAAUUGUAUGAAAAGCUCAAGGGACAUUACCUGGCUGGUGGAGAUAUCAAAGAUUUCCCUGGUAUCAUCCAUGCAAUGGCAAUGGACAAAAUGAGGAACAUGAUGGACUACAGGCAGCAAUAUGAACAUACCAAGGCUGCGGUUCACAUUCCCAAUGACAUGAUAAGCAACAUUGUGGCAAAGAAAUGCCAACAGAUUCUCAGCGACAUUGAAUACCGCACCUAUCAUCAUCGUUGGACCUGCCUGCCUGAUGAGCAUGACGUCAUUCGAGCCAAGAAUGCUCAGGAGAUAUUGAGUGAUUUUGUGUACAAGGAUGACCUGAACUGGCUGAAGGGUAUGGGAUGUUAUGUUUGGGACACUCCAGAAAUACUACGAGCCAAAAAUUCAUAUGGCCUGCAGAGUGAGAUUAAGUACAGAACUGAUGGAAAGAAGAACUUUAAGAACUACACUGUGGUUACUGAUACACCAGUCUAUGUGACGGCUGUCCAAAGUGCUGUUCAGUUAAGUGAUAUUAACUACAAAGAGAACUAUGAGAAAACCAAAGACAAGUACACCACCAUUUUAGACACUUUGGAUUUCCAAAGGACCCAGGACCUUAAAUCUAUGUAUAGCAGUAAUGCCUACAAGCAAGCCUGGGAUGCAGUAAAAGCAACAAGCUACAGCAUCCCUGGAGAUUCCUUCUCGUUAGCUUUGGUCAAGAAUCUGAAAAAUGUGCUUAGUCCAAUAAAGUACCGAGAACAAUAUGAGAAGUUCAAGGCUCUCUACACAGUGCCGCACUCUGUGGAGGAAGACCCACGCUCCAUGCACUGUCUGAAAACUGGGAAAUUAAUCCUUGAUCGUCUGUAUAGAGAAAAUUAUGAAAAGAACAAGAUGAAGAUACACAUCAUGCCUGAUAUGUUGGAGGUGGUUGCCGCCAAAGAGACUCAGGCAAAGGUCAGCGAGAUUGACUACCGCAAGUAUCUUCAUGAAUGGACUUGCCUGCCAGAUCUGCAGAUUAAUCUUCAUGCCAGGAAAGUCAACGAUCAGCUAAGCGAUGUUCUAUACAAGCAGUCCUAUGACCUUCAAAGUGAUGUCUGGGACACACCAUUGAUUCUUCGUGCCAAGCAGUCCUAUGACCUUCAAAGUGAUAUUCAGUACAAGGCCAAGGCUGAAGCAGCAAAGUCCAAUUUCACCCCGGUCAUGAACACCCCAGGCUACUUGCAGGCUGUCACCAAUGCCCAACAGCUGAGCGAUGCUGUAUAUCGGAAUGAAUAUAUGACAAAUAUUAAAGGCAAACUCGCUCCGACCACAAAGAGUAUAGAGCUGGAUAGAGCAAGAGAAGCCUACAAAUUACAGAGCGAGAACCGGUACCGUGAUGUGGGUCGAAAAUAUCUCCCCAAGGGAUACACCCUUUCAGCAGAUAUUCCAUCCAUAAAACAUGCCAAGCAUGUCGAACAUAACCGCAGCGAUCUGAAGUAUAAAGAAGCUUAUGAACAUAUGAAAGCUAGAGGAUACACAUUGAUCCCUGAAACCAUCAGCAUCACAACAGCUAAGAGAGCAGAUACAAUUCUGAACCAGCGACUUUAUCGAUUAAAUUAUGAAACCCACAAAGACAAGAUUCAUCCCUCUCCUGACACUCCAGAAAUUCGUCAAGUCAGAGCCACACAAGAGGCAGUCAGCGACCUAUCGUAUAAAUCAGAGUACUUCAAACACAAAGGGGAGAUGAUUUCUCUUCCUAUCACUCCUGAGCUGAUCCAUCACCGAUAUGUAGGUGAAAUAACCAGUGAUAAUAAGUACAAGGAAGAUCUUCAAUGGCUGAAGGGCGCUGGAUGCUUCCUGUAUGAUACUCCUGAAAUGAUCCGAGUGCGGGACUUCCACAAAUACGUGAGUGGCUAUGACAAAGUUGCCAAGAAAAUGCUUGACAAACAUACUCCUGUUCUUGAUACUCCUGAAUACAGACGUGUGACGGAAUUGAAGACUCACCUGAGUAAUCUGGUGUACCGUGCAGAGGGGAACAAAGCUAAGACAAAAUAUACAACGAUGCUUGGAACUAUGGAUCUCGACCGAGCUAAGCAUGGCCAGCAGAUUCAGAGUCAGUACUUGUAUGUCGAAUUGGCUACAAAGGAGAGACCGCAUUAUACUCCUCAUGUACAAACCACAUCUCUGGAACAUGCCAAGCAUGUCAAACAUUUAUCCAGUGGGAUAAAAUACAAGGAACAGUAUGAAAACAUGAAGAACAAAUACAUAUCCAUCCCAGACACACCAAUGCUGUUGACAUCUAAAAAGGCUUACAACAUUGCCAGUGAUUUACGGUACAAGGAAGCAUUUGAGCAUUCUAAAGGACAUUACUCUACGGUGAAGGAUGCUCUGAACAUUGUCUACCAUCGCAAAGUCACGGAUGAUAUCAGUGAGGUGAAAUACAGGGAGAAGUACAUCCAACAGCUCGGGCUGUGGAGGUCAAUCGCUGAUCUACCCGAACAUUUCCACCACCGAAUUGUGACUGAUGCGAUCAGCAAUGUUAAGUACAAGGAGGAUUUGGAAUGGUUGAAAGGAAUUGGGUGCUAUGCAUGGGACACCCCUGACAUGAUGCUGGCAGCAACAAACAAAGUGCUCUACAGCCAGAACAAAUAUCAGGAAUCCGUCGGAAAGCUGAGAAACAACUUCAAAUACACUGCAGACAGUCCACGCAUGAGGCAGGCCAAGGAGGCAAUGGCCAUUCUGGAUGAGAAAACAUACAAGUCCAAUGCCUUGCUGAAUCUGAGACAAGGAUGCAAUGAACUUAUGCGUCCUGAUAUGCUGACGGCCAUGUACAACACUGUCUCAGGGAGCCAGUGGAACUAUAAGAAGGAAUAUGAAAAGACGAAAGACAAACACACAUCCAUUUUGGACACUCCCAGCAACAUCCGAACGAAGAAAGUGACAAAUCUCAUCAGUGAUAUAAAAUAUAAACUGGAGCACAACCAGAAUAAAUCCAAGGGGUAUACAUCUAUCCAUGAUACACCAAUGCUGCUGCACAUGCAGAAAGUGAGGGACAGAAGCAGCGUUAUGAAAUACAGAGAACUAUAUGAAAAGAACAAAUCUCAAAUCAACGUUGGUGCUGAUGCCUUUGAGAUUAAGGCUGCCAAGAGUGCAUACAAGAACACGACUAAUCUUGAUUAUAAGAAGAAAUAUGAGGCUACCAAGGCGAAAUGGAUAUGGACUAUAGACAGACCGGACUUUAUACAGGCAUACAAGGCUUCACAGCAGCAGAGCGAGGUGGACUACAAAUAUGACAGAGAAAAUCUGAAGGGUUGCAAAAUCUCUGUGCCAAUACUCGGGGACAAGAACAUGAUAUUAGCUGUAGAGAAUACAGAUUUGGCCAGUGGAGUGAAAUACAGACAUAAACAUGAGAUGGAAAGAGGCAUCUUCCAACCAGUUCCAGACACACCACAGAUGCUCCACGCUAAAUCCAUUGUUGCCCUAAUGUCCGAGAAAAAAUACAAAGAGGCUGUUAAGAAGAACCUCCCUAAUGCUGCUUACAUGAAGCUACCUGAGACUCGUGGAACAUCACAUGUAAAAGAGGUGUCCAAGUUACUCAGUGGGAAACUGUACAAGGAGAAGUUUGAGAAAGAUAAAGGCAAGUCAUCAUACUCCAAUAUGUUUGAACCACCUGAAGUGAAACAUGCGAUGAACGUAGCCAAGGCCCAAAGCAAUAUUCAAUACAAGAAAGAGGCUAAAUCCCAAUUGGCAUACUCUUCCGUGGCAGAUCGUCCAGAUAUUCUUAAAGCUACUGAAGCUUCCAAAUUAAUAAGUGAUAUUGGAUACAGAACAAAGGCACGCGAGGAGGCCAGUCGUGGUAUAAUCAGCCUUGGGCGACCAGAUAUUGAACUUGCCAAAGAGGUGUCCAAGCUUACCAGCCAGGUGGAAUAUACCAAACAGAAACUCAGAGGCCAUGGAGCUGCUUCAUAUGACACUCCUACGAUGAGGGUCGCAAAGAAAGCAAAUAUACUCACAAGUGACAUUAAGUACAAGGAGAAGUUUGAUAAGGAGAUGAAGGGGAAGAGACCGAAGUUUGAUUUGAAGGAGAGUUCGGGAUACAAGUCUAUGAAAGAUGCAACUAUUUUCGCAAGUGAGGUUAAAUACAAGCAGGAUUUGAAGAAGAUGCACAAACCUGUGACAGAUAUGUCGGAAUCCUUGCAAAUGCAGCAUAACCUCUCCACCAGCAAGUUGGCAAGUCAAUACCAGUACAAGAAGGAGUUUGAAAAGAGUAAGGGUCACUACCAGCUGGUGGCCGACUCACCUGAACAAAUGCAUCUGAAGGAGGCGACUGAGUUGCAGAGUCAAGUCAAGUACAAGGAACUAUACGAGAAAGAGAGAGGAAAAGCAAUGUUGGACUUUGAAACACCUGUUUACCUCACUGCCAAGGAAUCCCAGCACAUGCAGAGUGAGAAAGCAUAUAAAAAGGAUUUGGAAGAGCACAUUAAAGGCAGGAACCUGUCCGGCCUGGAGAUUACCCCGGCAAUGUUGCAUGUCAGAUAUGCAACUAAGAUAGGCUGUGAGAAAGAAUACAGGAAGGAUCUGGAACAAGGAGUUAAGGGAAAAGGGUUAACCGUGUUAGAGGAAACUCCAGAGAUGGUCCGAGCAAAGAACGCAACCUACAUUUUGAAUGAGAGAGAGUACAAGAGAUCGUUGGAAGAAGAAAUAAAGGGCAAAGGUCUUGUGGCAUUUGCUAACGAAACACCAGACUUUGCCAGAGCUAAGAAUGCUACAGAUAUUUUAAGCCAGGUAAAAUACAAACAAUUGGCCGAAAAGGAGAAAUCUCACUACACCACAGUCAUUGACACACCUGACAUUAUUCAUGCUCAAAACGUGAAGUAUCUAAGCAGCCAGAAACAAUACAAGGCCGAAGCAGAGAAGAACAUGUCUCACUAUGUUCCAGUAAUUGACACACCUGAGAUGCACAGAGUGCGGGAGAACCAGAAAAACAUCAGUACACUUCAGUACACUUCAGAUCAUAUACAUAAUAAAGGAAAGGUCACUACAGUAAAAGACACGCCUGAAAUCCUUCGAGCUAAAGAAAACCAAAAGAAUUUCAGCUUGAUCGCAUAUAAGGAUGAAGUUGGUUCUGGAACAUCAAUUAAAGAAACGCCAGAGAUGGAGAGAGUCAAAAGGACACAAGAGGCUAUUAGCUCGAAUAAAUACAAGGAAAUUAUUGGGCAAGGAACUGCAAUCUCUGACCUGCCUGAGGUGAAACGUGUAAAGGAGACGCAGAAGAACAUCAGCUCGAUCAAAUACAAGGAAAGUAUUGGGCAAGGAACAGCAAUCUCUGACCUGCCUGAGGUGCAGCGUGUAAAGGAGACGCAGAAGAACAUCAGCUCGAUAAAAUACAAGGAAACAGUUGGGCAAGGAACAGCAAUCUCUGACCUGCCUGAGGUGCAGCGUGUAAAGGAGACGCAGAAGAACAUCAGCUCGAUACAAUACAAAGACACUGUUGGGCAAGGAACACCAAUCUCUGACCUCCCUGAGGUGCAGCGUGUAAAGGAGACACAGAAGAACAUCAGCUCGAUCAAAUACAAGGAAAAUGUUGGACCAGGAACAGCAAUUCCUGACCUGCCUGAAGUGCAGCGUGUAAAGGAGACUCAGAAGAACAUCAGUUCGAUAAAAUACAAGGAAAAUGUUGGGCAAGGAACAACAAUCUCUGACCUGCCUGAGGUGCAGCGUGUAAAGGAGACACAGAAGAACAUCAGCUCGAUUAAGUACAAGGAAGGUAUUGGGCAUGGAACAGCAAUCUCCGACCUGCCUGAGGUGCAGCGUGUAAAGGAGGCACAGAAGAACAUCAGCUCGAUCUUAUACAAAGAAAAUCUGGGUAAAGGGACCUCCGUGGUGUAUACACCAGAGAUGCAACGCGUUAAACGCAAUCAAGAAAACAUUAGCUCGAUUCUGUAUUCCGACAGUUUCCGUAAACAAGUGCAAGGCAGGGCAUCUUAUGUAUUGGACACACCAGAGAUGAGGCGUGUACGGGAAUCUCAACGCAACAUAUCUACGGUGAAAUACCAUGAAGAUUUUGAGAGGACAAAGGGAUGCUUCACACCAGUGGUCACUGAUCCCAUCACAGAGCGUGUGAAGAAGAACAUGCAAGACUUCAGCGACAUCACCUACCGUGGAAUCCAGAGACGGGUUGUGGAGAUGCAGCGGCGACGAGUGGAAAACGAGGGAGAGAGUCUCACAGGUCUCCGUGUAUGGCGUACCAACCCUGGCUCUGUCUUUGAUUAUGACCCAGCUGAAGACAACAUUCAGUCCCGCAGUCUCCAUCUGUUGAGCAUGCAAGCUCAGCGUCGCAGCCGCGAACAGUCACGCUCUGCUAGUGCCCUGAGCGGAGGUGACGAGAAAUCAGACCCAUCUGAACCUGACCGCACCAUUACCUACUGCAAUGAAAACAACUUCUUCCAGACAUCAAGCGCCACCACUUACCAACACACUAAAACCACAGUGCUGCCACAGCAGAGAUCAUCCUCUGUUGCUACACAACUGACCACCGUGUCUUCUAUUCCUUCUCACCCUUCAACUACUGGCAAAACCUAUCGUGCUAUAUAUGAUUACAUAGCAGCUGAUGCAGAUGAAGCUUCUUUCAAAGAUGGUGAUGUGCUUAUGAAUGUUCAGUCCAUUGAUGAAGGAUGGAUGUAUGGAACUGUGCAAAGGACAGGGGUGACAGGCAUGCUCCCUGCCAACUACGUGGAAGGCGUAUAAACCAGGCCAAUACUUUAAAAUACUUCUCAACCUCCCCACUCCAAGAAAAUUCUGGUCAUACGCAACACAAAACUUAUUGCUUGGUCUUCUCUAAUUCUGUAGCCAGUGGCUGGGUGAGAGUGAAUAAAGUGGACUAUAACCAGUCAACUUCCAGUUUCUUCCUUGCCUAUUAUAUAUCAGAACUUAAAACAUAGCUGAAUGAUGAAUCACUGGCACAUGUUAAAGUGUACUUCUGCAAAUCCAUGCUUUCAACAUUUGCCUUGAUUAUGUGCACCUUAAACACAAACCAGAUUAGAUAAUCUAAAUUGAAUGGCAAAUUUGUAUUAUAAUUGGUUAGAAUUUCACUCACGAUUCCCUAAUUCUUUCACAAGCAAAACAAUUCAACAACUGCAAAUUAAAAUAAAAAUCAUUACCAUCAAAAUUUAAAACUCUAAAAGGUUUCCUACUUUUCACACUCAUGUCAGACUUGUUCAUGUAUCACUGUUCUCUCACCUGAUAACCAGCUGUGGGGUCAAAUAAAGGUGUUUCUGCAAGAAA